AUGCAUUUCUCUCGUGUGCUUGCCGUGUCGGCUUCUCUCAUUACCCUGGGCCUCGCCGCCGAUCCUCUUGCUUUCACUAGUUGGCCCCAAGAUGUCGCUGCCGGAAAGCCUGUGACUCUUACCUGGGCUGGUGCCGUCCCUGGACAGCCUGUGACCCUGACCCUGCGAAAGGGAAGCUCCACCCACUUGAAGGAUGUAGAGACCAUCACCAGCGAGGCGAAGGAUGGCACUUUCACCUGGACCCCUGGUGACAAUGUCAAGGAGGGAGAGACAUACGCCUUCCAGGUCUCUCAGGGUGGGCAAGUCAACUACUCCGCUCUGCUUAAGGCUGGCGUCGGAGCCCCCAAGGCUGAGACCACUGGAGCCACCCAUGCCACCCAUGCCACUCAGGCCACGACCGAGGCCACUGCUGCGACUGGCACCACUGGCACCACAACCGGCGCAACCACCACCGGCACCAACACCCAGACCACCAUGACCACCGAGACACAGACAACCAGCAAGCCUUUGAUCAGCUCCUCAGCAUCUGGUUCCCCAUCCGGCAGCCCUUCAUCCUCAACUGUCAGCAGCACUAUGACAAAUGGUCCCAUGAUGACCAACACCGAUGUGAUGAAUGGCAAGGAGGCAUCUGAGACCGGAACCACGCAGAGUGGCAUGGCUUCCGUGCCCUCAUUGUCCCGUGGGCUUGUGCUGGGAGCUCUUGGUCUGUUUGUCUACCUUGUACAGUAG